AUGUCGGCAAACAUCCUGCUUUACCAGGUGACACUGGUGCUUCUUCUCGAUAACGAAGGACACCGGUUGUUUGCCAAAUACUACCACGACGAAGAUCACGCCUCGCUCGCCCAGCAACGGAAGUUUGAGCAAACGCUCUUCCCCAAGAUCAACAAGGUCAACGAGGAUAUUUUGUUAUACGACAACCACUUGGUGGCUUACAAACAAGUGAACGAUGUGCUUGUGGUUGUGGUGGCCAAGAUCAACGAGAACGAAUCCCUCAUCUACUCGGUGUGUGCCAACUUGACUGAGGCCCUCACCAUCUUGUUGGACAACUCGUUAGACAAGAACACGGUGGUGGAAAAGUACGACAUGGUCAGUUUGGCCAUUGACGAAACUGUCGACGAUGGUAUUAUCAUCGAGAUCGACCCCGCCAUCAUUGUGUCGCGGGUCACCAACCCUCCUGUGGCCAACGCUGUUGAUAACAUCAAGAUUGACAUUUCCGAAAGAGGCUUGUUCAAUGCGUUUUCGUUUGCUACGAAAAAGAUUGGCGAGAGAUUGCAACAAGGUAUCUAG